AUGCCCUUCAAAGUAGCCAUUAUCCCCUACCUCGAUCAAUUAUCUCCCGAAGGUGCCGCCAUUGGCGCCAUAAACACUAUCUACCACCGUAUAUCUCCCUCCGGUAAAAAGAUACUAUGUGGCACCAACACCGACUGUAUCGGUAUCCGCGAAGCUCUCCUUCAAAACGCAUCACCAUCCACAAUAUCCAGUAUCAAAGGCUCAGCCGGCAUGGUCAUUGGAGGCGGCGGAACCUGUCGCGCAGCCGUCUAUGCGCUGAAGAAAUUCCUGGGCUGUGAAAUCGUAUAUAUGGUGAACCGCGACAAAUAUGAAUGCGAUGCCGUCAUUGCAGAGUGCAGUAGCAAUGGUUUCGGAGAUAGAUUAUUAUAUAUCGAGUCAAUAGCGCAAGCAAGAUCCUUACCAGCGCCCACGGUAAUUGUGUCUGCAAUUCCGGAUUUCACACCGAUAUCAGAGGAUGAAAAGAGAGCGCGUGGAAUUAUCACGGAAUUUUUGGGUAAAGAGGGGGGAAAGGGAGCGAUUUUGGAAAUGUGUUAUCAUCCAAGCCCGGAUACACAAAUAGCAGCACUAGCUACACAGGCUGGGUGGCAGGUAGUGGGUGGUGUAGAAGCGAUGGUUUAUCAGGGGCUGGAGCAAGACAAAGCUUGGUUGGGAGUUGAGGUUGAGGAGUUACCGGUAAAGGAGGUGAGGAGUGUUGUUUUAGAGAAAUUGGCGAGUGAUAGAGCGAAGCAUGCGAGGUUGUGA